AUGAAAAAAUCACAUAGGUUAGUAAACACUUUUGAAUAAGAUUUAAAUUAAUUAGAAACACCUCCUCAUAAAUCCAUGAUGGCAAAUUAUGAAAUUUUAAUAAAAACUAAGAAUUAUUUAGAUAAAGUAUUUAAUUAAAAGCUAGAAAAAUGUUCUAUUCAUACACAAACAAUACAGGGAAUGAGUGUAACUGAUAAAAAAUCAUUAGUGUUAGAUGAAGAGAGGAACUUGAGAUCAAGAACCAUAGAUCACUUCCCAUUAGAUUUCAAGAUUGACUCCUAAUUACGAUCUGUAGGUGAAAAAAAAAUCAAAGUUAAAAAUUGUUCUCAAACUAAACUAAAUUAAGGAGAAACACAAGGCACUCAAACAACUACAAGAAGAGAAAGUAGAAGUAGUUUUUUUAAGAAGGGAAUUUUAAAAAACCAAAGUUCAAAAGAUGAAUUAUAGACAAGUCAAAAAAGAAGUAUAAGUGUACAUUCAGGAAAGUGUGUAAGGUUUUGUCUGACCAACCAUAAUGUAAGAUAAUUAAUGAUGUUUGGAAAAUGA